UUCAGCAUGUUCGAUACGGAAAAAUUUAUCGUGGAAAUAGAGAAACGACCGGCGAUUUACGAUGUGAAUCGUAGCGAGUACAACGACCGUAACGCCAAGAUGACCGCGUGGGACGAGGUCUGCCAGGUGAUGGUACCGAAUUGGGCGCGCUUGACGGACGAGGAGAGAAACGUAGAAGAGAAAAAUUUACGAGGAAAGUGGAGAAAUAUUCGUGAUUAUUUCAUGAAGGAGCUCAAGCUUCAAAAGUCACAGAAAUUAGGACCAGCUGGUCGGAAGCGAAAGAAAUACAUGCAUUUUGAUCAGCUGCUGUUCCUCAUGCCAACGGUGGAGAAUAAACGAAACGUCGCCGGAGUGACGUUAAAUAAUUGCAAAUCCGAGGAAAGCGAGGGCGAAGUUGAUAAUCCGGUGAUCGAGGAAUACGAUGUACCAUUGGGACACGCUGCUCCUUCCAUAACGACGGGUAGGGACUAUCUUCAACCAGGCGCAUCCUAUAAAAUGUGUCCCCGUUAUCCGAAGCAGCUUUGCGAGACGUCGUUCACGUCCUUCGAUAAUGAAAUUCACGAUAUGCUGUCCUCGCACAGCAGCCAACGCGUUGCUUACGACGAGGACGAUUACGACAAAAUGUUUCUGCUAUCCUUAUUGCCGAUUAUUCGACAAGUACCGGAAGAGAAGAAGCUAGACGUGAGGAUACAGAUGCAACAAGUUUUGGCCCUGGCGCUUCGUCCUCCGGACAAUAAGCAGUGA